CUGUGGUUUUAUCGAGCAGAGGGUGCUGUCRGCUGUUACCGCAGGGAUCGCUGCCAUGUCUGCCGCCUCGGCAACGGCUAACGGGAGCUGAGAGGAGGAGGCUGGCAGGUUGUCGGGUCGGUGCCGGGGGACCCAGGAGCAAGGCAGCCAUGAGGAGGACGAGAGUUUAAGGGAGCAGCUGAUUGAUCCAUUGGUUGUUUGGGAAGAACYGGGGCUCGAAGGCCAUGGCGACCCGACUCCUCCUCUUCCUGUUGGUCUCCGUGACAUUCAGCCACGCUCAGUUCCACUCCGGACAGCGUCAGAAGCCCCGCCUCCAAAGAGACAGGCGCAACAUCCGUCCAAAUAUCAUCCUGAUCCUGACUGACGACCAGGACCUGGARCUCGGUUCCAUGCAGGUGAUGAACAAGACUCGCCGCAUCAUGGAGGAAGGCGGGACUUUUUUCUCCAACGCCUUUGUGACCACGCCCAUGUGCUGUCCGUCACGCUCRAGCAUGCUCACUGGGAAAUACGUGCACAACCACAACACUUACACCAAUAACGAGAACUGCUCCUCGUUAUCGUGGCAACGGCACCACGAGCCACGGACCUUUGGCGUCUACCUCAACGGCACCGGAUACCGGACAGCUUUCUUCGGGAAGUACCUGAACGAGUACAAUGGCUCGUACGUUCCCGYGGGGUGGAGGGAGUGGCUCGGCCUGGUGAAGAACAGCCGCUUCUACAACUACACGCUGAGCCGCAACGGCGUCCGCGAGAAGCACGGAGCGCAGUACCCUGAGGACUACCUGACGGACCUGAUCACAGCUGAGUCCGUCCGCUACUUCCGCUCUUCAAAGAGARUCUACCCCCACAGACCCAUUCUGAUGGUUCUGAGCCACGCAGCGCCGCACGGGCCGGAAGACUCAGCGCCGCAGUACAGCACCGCCUUCCCCAACGCAUCGCAGCACAUGUAGGU